CCCUGUAGAAAAUAUCUCAAAACGGAUAUCAUAUUAUGAUUUCUCAUGCCUUUAAACAGUUAUCUUCAAAUUUUCACUUUCGUACGUCCAAAAUCUUUCAAACCGCUGCGAAAAAUCAUUUCUUUGAUUCUAACUUUGCCCCUCUGUAUCUUUUUUAUUUUCAAUAUUUUAUUAAAGCAAGUUGCGUUAGAUCUUAUCGUCAUCUAUAGCGUCAUUACUUAUGGACCACCCUGUAUACAGGUAUUAUCUGUUGCAAAGUAUUAUUGGUAUUAAUCGGCGAUUAGAGCUUUAAUGAUAGUUUACAUCCGAAUUUUUUACGCAACAACAAUGUACCGACCAUGUGCGUUGAAAUUAUGUCAUUUAGAAUGUAGCAGUGGGAUUUUAUUAGAUGUUCUCUGUAUCAGGAGAUCAGUAAUUGUUAUACAAGUGUACUGAAGUACUUCGCGAUUAGAGUAAGCGAAAAACAUUACUAUGCCACAUCCAUUAUAAAUAUUUUUACCAAUCAAGAGAUAAAUUACCUGCAGAAUAAUAUAAAGUGUUGUGAGCGUAUGAAUUGUUCUUUAAUUGUGUCACAGGCUGAGAUAAAAUAUGGGAUUGAUUGUAUUAGUUUAUGUUUUAAUAACUCUUGUUGUCGCUUUAUACCUCUUUGUAAAAUGGCGAUAUACAUUUUGGAAGAACAAGAACGUAUUUACGUUAGAACCUACGUUUUUAACUGGCAAUUUAAAAACUCCGAAUGGCGAAUCACUUACGCCAAUAAAGGCAAUGGCAAGAUUGUACAAAGCAGCGAAAGCCAGAGGUGAAAAAUAUGCCGGUUUCUACGUAUUAGUUACACCUCAAUUUAUACCAUUGGAUCCGGAAUUGUUGAAAUGCAUAUUGCAGACUAAUUUUGAUCAUUUCACAAAUCAUGGAUUUUACGUAAACGAAGAAGGAGAUCCGCUGUCUGGACAUUUGUUUAAUUUAGAAGAUGAUAAGUGGAGGAAUCUUAGGGCAAAAUUAACACCUACAUUUACUUCAGGGAAAAUGAAGAUGAUGUUUCAAACGAUGGUGGAUUGUACGAAAGGACUCGAAGAAAUGUUAAAUGAGUGUGCAGCUGUAAACGAGCCGGUUGAUAUUAAAGAAGUUUUGGGCAGAUUCACAACUGACAUUAUAGGAUCAGUAGCCUUCGGUAUAGAAAUUAACAGUAUGAAAAAUCCCGACACUGACUUUAGGAAAUAUGGAAAAUAUAUCUUUGAAGCAAAUUUUCGCCAGAGACUUAAUCUUAUUAUCUUGAACACAUUCCCUAGAUGGUUUGUAAAAGCUGUAGGAUUCAAAUUAACGAGAAAAGAAAUUGAAUCUUUCUUCAUUAACGUGGUUAAAAAUACAGUCGAAUAUAGAGAGAAGAACAAUAUUUAUCGCAAGGAUUUCAUGCAUCUUCUGAUUCAAUUAAAAAAUAUGGGUAAAGUGUUAGGAGAUAACGAAGAGACUUUAAAGGGAAAUCAUAAAAAUGUUUCGGAAGGUUUAUCGUUGAAUGAAAUAUCGGCACAAGCUUUCGUCUUUUUCAUAGCUGGAUUUGAAACUUCCGCAACAACAAUGACGUUUGCGUUGUUAGAAUUAGCACAAAAUCAAGAUAUUCAAGAAAAAUUAAGACAAGAAAUUAAACAUGUUCUUAAAAAACACGACGACAAAUUAACCUACGAUGCUAUAAUGGAAAUGUCUUAUUUAGACAAAGUAAUUUCUGAAACACUAAGAAAACAUCCUCCAGUGAAUCAGUUACCUCGCGGGUGCAGUAAAGAUUUUCAAGUUCCAAAUAGCGACUUAGUAAUUAAAUCUAAUAUGAUGGUAACCAUUCCAGUGCUCGACAUUCAUAAUGACCCGGAGUAUUACCCGAAUCCGGAAAAAUUUGACCCGGAAAGAUUUAACGAAGAAAAUAUAGCAAGUAGACCACCAUGCACUUAUUUACCGUUUGGAGAAGGUCCUCGAACUUGCAUAGGGCUAAGAUUUGGAAAACUUCAAGCCAAAGUUGGUUUAUGUUCAGUAUUGUCAGGUUUUAAUGUCACAUUGAACGAGAAAACCAAUUUACCUAUAGAGUACAGUAGAAAUUUCGUUUUGACAGUGAAAGACGAUGUUUGGUUGAAUUUGGAGCGUUUGAAUAAAUAGUAAAUAGUAUUUCACUAAAACGCUAUUCAAUAAAUAUACGUAUUUUUAAUUCGUUUAAUAAAAAUAUUUAACUCGCA